GAGGGGACAGAGAGGUAUCCUGGGCACAGACCCCGCCCAUGAGCCUGAGAAGUGCUCCUGCCCUGGGAAGAGGCUCAGCACAGAAGGAGGAAGGACAGCACAGCUGACAGCCGUGCUCAGAAUGUUUCUGGAUCCCAGGCUCAUCUCCGCAGAGGAGAACACGCAGGCAGCACAGGCCAUGGGGCCCUUCUCAGCCCCUCCCUGCACACUGCACAUCACCUGGAAGGAGCUGCUUCUCACAGCAUCACUUUUACUCUUCUGGAACCCGCCCACUACUGCUCAAGUCACGAUUGAAGCCCAGCCAACCAAAGUUUCUGAGGGGAAGGAUGUUCUUCUACUUGUCCAUAAUUUGCCCCAGAAUCUUACUGGCUACAUCUGGUACAAAGGGCAAAUAAUGGACUACCACCAUUACAUUACAUCAUAUGUAAUAGACCCUGAAACAAUUAUAUUUGGGCCUGCAUACAGUGGACGAGAAACAGUAUAUUCCAAUGCAUCCCUGCUGAUCGAGAAUGUCACCCGGAAUGACACAGGAUCCUACACCAUAAAAAUCAUAAAGCGAGGUGAUAGGACUGAAGGAAUAACUGGACAUUUCACCUUAUACCUGGAGACUCCCAAGCCCUCCAUCUCCAGCAGCAACUUAAACCCCAGGGAGGCCGCGGAGACUGUGAUCUUAUCCUGUGAUCCUGACACUCCAGAUGCAAGCUAUCGGUGGUGGAUAAAUGGUCAGAGCCUCCAUAACAGUCGCACGUUGCAGCUGUCCAAAAACAACAGGACCCUCAUUCUAUUUAUUGUCACAAAGGAUACUGUAGGACCCUAUGAAUGUGAAAUGAAGAACCCAGUGAGUUCCAGCCGCAGUGACCCAGUCACCCUGAAUCUCCUCUCAGAGCUGCCCAAGCCCUACAUCACCAGCAACAACUUCAACCCCAUGGAGAAUAAGAAUGUUGUAGCCUUAACUUGUUAACCUAAGACUCAGGGCUACACCUACAUGUGGUGGGUAAAUGGUCAGAGCCUCCCAGUUAGUCCCAGGCUAAAGCAACCCAGUAUAAACAGGAUCCUCAUUCUACCCAAUGUCACAAGAAAUGACACAGGAACCUAUGAAUGUGAAAUAUGGGACCGAGUUGGUAGCAUCUGCAGUGACCCAGUCACCCUGGAUGUCCUCUAUGGUCCAAACCUCCCCAGCAUUUUCCCUUCAUUGACCGACUACCGUUCAGGACAAAACCUCUACUUGUCAUGCUUCGCGGACUCUAAUCCACCGGCAGAGUAUACUUGGAUGAUAAAUGAGAAGUUUCUGCAAUCAGGACCAAGGCUCUAUAUCCCCCAAAUUACUACAAACCAUAGCGGGCUCUAUCGUUGCUCUGUUCGAAACUCAGCCACUGGCAGCGAACGUUCCACAUUCAAGACGAUCAGAGUCUCUGAGACCGGGUCUCCCCAGGUUACUUAUGCCAGUCCAAACACCUGGCCUCAAGAAAUCCUCCCAUUGUGA